CAGACUACUCCAGGCUCCUGCUACGUAGAAGUCACUUCUCAUUUCUCUCUCUCUAUUGUCCACAGAGGAAUGUUUUUAUUGGGAUUAUAAUAAAAUUUUAAAGAAUAAAACAUUGAUUAAAGAAAAGGCAAAAAGAAAAAAAGAGAGAGAGAGAUAAAAAAAUAAAAUAAAAUAACCCAAAAAGGAAGACAUGAAAGAUUAGAAGCUGAAUAUCCCAGUCUUUGUGAUGCAGAGAGAAAAAUAACUAUCUCCCUUAAAAGAAAAAUUCCAAAGCUAAAGACAUGAAAUGCAAACUAAACUCCAAAGAUCCAAAAACAGUGCUAAAUUCUAUGCCCAUUACUUCACAGCCUGUAAUAUGUAGUGAGACCUUGAAAUUCUACAAGAAGCCGACAGUUAGAAGAUAAUUCCAAGCAACCCAUGUGGGAUUUCUUCUUUUAUUCUUGCUCAACUCUUUGUGUCACUUGAUUUGCGUUUCUCUCUUACUCAUUUUCUCUGCUAAAACUCUAAUUUUCAGGCAUUUUUUCCUGAGAAAAUCCCCAAGUUUUCUUGGUUUUUUAGUUUGCCAUCAUGUGGGACUCAGAGAGUGAAUCUGUUUGUGGUAGAGAUUAUGGUAAUGGAGUUCUUAGCACUAGCAAGCAUGGUGUCAAAACUGACGGAUUUGAGCUUAAGGGCCAAUCAUGGUAUGUUGCUACUGAUGUUCCUAGUGAUCUUCUAGUUCAGAUUGGAGAUGUUAAUUUCCACUUGCACAAGUAUCCUUUGCUUUCUCGGAGUGGCAAGAUGAAUAGACUAAUAUAUGAAUCACGCGACCUAGACCUGAACAAGAUUGCAUUAGAUGAUAUUCCAGGUGGACCUGAAGCAUUUGAGCUUGCUGCAAAGUUCUGCUAUGGAAUUGCAGUUGAUCUAACGGCAGGAAAUAUCUCUGGCCUUAGAUGUGCUGCAGAGUACCUAGAAAUGACAGAGGACUUAGAAGAAGGCAAUCUUAUAUUCAAAACUGAAGCUUUUCUUAGUUAUGUGGUGUUAUCAUCAUGGAGGGAUUCUAUAUUAGUACUUAAAAGCUGUGAGAAGCUCUCACCAUGGGCAGAGAACCUUCAGAUUGUUCGAAGAUGUAGCGAAUCCAUUGCUUGGAAGGCUUGUGCCAAUCCUAAAGGGAUAAGGUGGGCAUACACUGGAAAACCCCCUAAAGUUUCCAGUCCAAAAUGGAAUGACAUGAAGGAUUCAAGUCCUAGUAGAAGUCAACCGGUACCUCCUGAUUGGUGGUUUGAAGAUGUUUCAAUUCUCAGGAUUGAUCACUUUGUUAGGGUCAUUACAGCAAUCAAGGUAAAAGGAAUGAGGUUUGAAUUGAUUGGAGCUGCCAUAAUGAAUUAUGCAGCCAAAUGGCUUCCAGGUUUGAUUAAAGAUGGAGUAGGGUCUGUCGAUGAAGGAAGCAAUAGCAGCAAUAGUAGCACCAGCAGUUGGAAAGGUGGGCUGCAUAUGAUUGUGGCAGGAACUAAAGAUGACCCUCCAACUGUCCAGGCCAAAGAUCAGCGUAUGAUCAUCGAGAGCCUCAUCAGCAUAAUUCCACCACAGAAGGAUAGUGUCUCUUGCAGCUUUCUCCUUCGCCUUCUGAGAAUGGCAAACUUGUUGAAAGUGGCACCUGCAUUGGUCACUGAGUUAGAGAAACGUGUGGGAAUGCAGUUUGAACAGGCAACAUUAGCAGACCUUCUGAUUCCCUCUUACAAUAAGAGCGAGACUUUAUACGAUGUAGACCUUGUACAGAGGCUUCUAGAGCAUUUUCUGGUUCAAGAACAGACAGAAAGUUCAAGUCCAAGUAGACAAUCAUUUUCAGAUCAAAGGGGUACAAAUCCAAAUGCCAAAAUGAGAGUGGCAAGGCUUGUUGACAGUUACCUUACAGAGGUUUCCAGAGAUAGAAACCUCUCCCUGACAAAGUUUCAGGUACUUGCAGAAGCUUUGCCUGAAUCUGCAAGAACCUGCGAUGAUGGGCUUUAUCGAGCAAUUGAUUCUUAUCUUAAGGCUCAUCCAACUCUCUCCGAGCAUGAAAGGAAACGCCUUUGCCGAGUGAUGGACUGCCAAAAACUCUCAAUUGAUGCAUGUAUGCAUGCUGCUCAAAAUGAGAGACUGCCACUUCGAGUUGUGGUGCAGGUACUCUUCUCUGAACAGGUAAAGAUAAGCAAUUCACUUGCCAGCAUCUCCCUGAAAGAAGCUGGAGAAGCACAAUACCAACCCAUGAUACCAAAUAGGAAAACGCUUCUUGAAGGGACACCACAAUCAUUUCAAGAAGGAUGGGCAACUGCGAAAAAAGACAUUAACACACUCAAGUUUGAACUUGAAAGUGUGAAGACCAAGUACCUUGAACUCCAAAAUGACAUGGAGAAUUUACAGAGACAGUUCGAUAAGAUGACAAAUAAGAAACAGACAUCAGCAUGGACCACUGGAUGGAAGAAGCUGAGCAAAUUCACCAAGAUGACAAAUAUAGAAAACCAUGAUAUUGGACCUCAGAUCCCAGCUGCUGCAGAACAGACUAGAAAGACACCGAGAAGGUGGAGGAAUUCAAUUUCCUGAAAGCUGAUUGUGUCCAAAAGGCAAAGACUGGCAACAAACGAAUGCCAUUAUAUUCUGAUUCCAUAUUUCCACUGUUAUUCUCUUUACUUCUUAUUUGUUUUGUUUCUUUGGAAGUCAGGUUUUUUUUCUUUAUUUUCUAUUAUUUCCCUUUCUUUUCUAUGAAAUUUUUAGCAAUCACCUCAAAAUCUAGCAGUACAAUUUGUCACGAAAAUCUGGUCAAGUCAUCUGUGAAUUUGUCAAUUUUUAUUGUAAGUGUACUUGAUAUUUUCAGGGAUGAAGAUGUUGUUGUAUACCUGGUGAAAAACAAAGUGUAACUAGAUUUAAAUCUUUCCGCUACCUCAUGUAAUAGAUUAAAUUCAGCAAACAAAGUAAUAAAGAACCAAGAAUCUUACUGCAA